AUAACGAUUUAAUUCUCACUGAGACGGCUUGUGCGGGUGCGCGAGGUCCUUUCAUUAUGAUCUGGGGAAAAUACGAACAGUGAUUGGUCUAUUUUUGGUUUGGGAAUCUCUUUUGUGUCAUUUAUUAUUUUAUUACCAGAAGAAGCUCUGCAGGGGCACACCGGUGACCAGAUCACCUGUCGUCCUGCACAAACACACAGCUCCCGGUUUGAAGCUGUCAUCCUGCUGAAUCGCCUCCUCUGCUGAUCGGAUCCACCGAUAACUUCACCUGGAAGCAAGUUCGUAUGUGGCAAGCAAACUGCAGACGAAUGCAUAACCUGGCAGACUGGAUUUCGGAAUGACUGAUUGAUUUUCUCCUUGGUGUGGCAUGUAGGGACAGUGAUGGGAGGCUGUGUGGGGAGGAGUAGGAUGGAUGGACAAGGGAGUGCCCGCAGCUCGACAAGGAGCAAAAAACGUGGAGGACGCAAUGAGCCCCUCAAGAAGGAGCGGCCAAAGUGGAAGAGUGAGUACCCGAUGACGGAGGGCCAAUUGAGGAGCAAGAGGGAUGAGUUCUGGGACACGGCCCCGGCCUUUGACGGACGGAAAGAGAUCUGGGACGCACUCAGAGCAGCCGCCCUGGCAGCAGAGUGCAAUGACCUGGAGCUAGCCCAGGCUAUAGUGGAUGGAGCCUGCAUUACUCUUCCUCAUGGCUCUCUCACAGAAAGCUAUGAUGAACUGGGAAACCGCUACCAGCUGCCCGCCUACACUUUAGCCCCGCCUGUCAACCUUAUCAGUGAAUCGUCCACUGACUGCAAAGUGUCCGACUCCACACAGAAACAAAAUCAACCCCCUCUGUGCAGGCAAGAAUUCCAGCUGCGGGUUCGAUUGUCAUCAGGGAAGGACGUGCGUCUGACAGCCAGCAUGGCCGACUCCAUCGCCGAGCUUAAGAAACAAUUAGAGGAGCAGGAAGAAAUCGACGUGACCCGCCAGAGGUGGUUCUUUUCCGGGAAGCUCCUGACCGACAGGACUCGCCUGCAAGACGCCAAGAUCCAGAAGGACUAUGUUGUCCAAGUGAUCGUCAACACGAACCCUUCAGUUAUAGCUAACUGAGGACUGAGGAUUAUUAAAGGACGUGCCAGGAUUAGGAGUAGGGUUUGAAAUCACUUUCCGGUUGGUACUGCAGUGGAAUUUUGUGUACAUUUUUAUAUAAGAACUUAUUGCUUUUAUAUUGCUCCUUUUUGUAUUUUUUCCUCUUUCCAAGCGAAGUAAGAAAAUUGAAAAGCACUGAAAACACUUUAGAGUAGAAGUAGAGUCCUGAGAUGCACAUCCGAGUGUCCGUCCAUGCGUCCUGCUGUCUUCCUGUUUCGUGUGGACAUCCACUCACAGCUCUAUUGUUUACACUGGUCCCUCUCAUUGUCAUGUGUGUGUGUCCUUGUGCUGAAUUAAUAAACAAAAUAUAAUUAAUACGGGGAUCUGAGUAAGGAACAUCCAAUCUCUCUUUAUUCUUUUUCUUUCUGUUGAAGAUUUCUGUCAUGCCAUUUCAGAAGUAGGGUGGUACAGUCGAAAGAAAACUGUAAAUAUCAGUUUCUUCUUUGUGUUUUUUGGUCAUAUAUAUAUAUAUAUAUAUAUAUAUAUAUAUAUCUGUGUUCACUUCACUCUACAGUUUCUAUCCACAGCUGUAUAUUCAUAACAAAGACACAGAAUGUAACGACGGCACCUUUCUAAAAGGUCAUAGGAGACGAUCGAACCUGUUCUUUUUAUUUCAUCACUCCAGCCCAGUUCAUGUAGUUGUAUGUACAAUAUGAUGCUCACUGUACUUGAAUAAAUGAUCAUUAAAUAUUGUAAAUGUAAA